GUGUUAAUUGGGCCACCAUGAUGUUCUCUGGGUUCAACCACAAAACAACAACAGCUCCCAUGAGUGAGGAUAAGUUGUCACAGACACUACCUCAUCAAAUGACAGUGUCCUGACUCACGGAGGAGUCAGGCCACAGCAUGGGCAACUCCUCAAGGAAGGGAGAAGGAGAAGAAGAAGAGGAGGAGGGGAAGGAUGGUGAGGAGGCAGAGGUCACAGAGAAGAAGAAAGAGGAGGUGGAGGAAGUGCUUCCGCUCGGGGUGGAGGAGUUGUUGGAGAGUGGAGAUCCGGUGUUGGACUUGAGCAAUUUUAAAUUCAAGCGGGUGCCUUCAUGCGUUUGUCGACUUUUGCACCUGGAGAAGCUGUAUGUUUGUGAAAACAGGCUGCGCACUCUGCCGGACAGCAUCUCUGAGCUGCAGGGUCUGCGGACACUCGCCCUCGAUUUCAACAAGAUAGAAGACGUCCCUGUGGCUGUCUGCCAGCUCACUAACCUCACUCGCCUGUACCUGGGCAACAACCGGCUGAUGACCCUCCCACCUGAGUUGAGGAACCUGCGAAGUCUGCGCAGCCUGUGGAUGGAGAACAACUACUUCCAGAGAUUUCCACGAGAGCUCUACGACCUGCCCCGCCUCAAGUCCCUCCAGAUGGGCAACAACCAGUUGAAGACGCUGCCUUCUGACCUGCAGCGUAUGGGCACUUUGAGGGGAUUAUGGCUCUAUGGGAACCGCUUUGAUACCUUCCCCAAAGUCCUGCUGUGCAUGAAAGGCUUGGAGAUCUUAGACCUGGAUCGCAACAAGAUAUCAGAGUUUCCUAGCCUGAAGCGUCUUCAAGCCCUGCGCCUGUUCUCCUAUGACCACAAUCCUGUUAAGGCCCCUCCUAAGGUGGGCGAGGAGGUGCUGGUGGUUGGGGAAGGGGCUGCGGAGUUCCUGGCAGUACGUGAGGCCAGGAAGGAGAGACAACAAAAGGCUGCAGAGAAAGAGGCAGAGGAGUUGACUGUGGCAGCAGAGGAGCCGGUGAUUCAUGGCAUCCUGAAGAACAGCAGCUCAAAACAAGCAACAGAAGAAGCUGCAGUGACCAUUGAGGAUGCAGACAUUAAAGAGGAAGAGUCCCUGGUGGAGGAGGAGGAGGAGGAGGAGGAGGGGGAUGUGGAGCUGCCAGUCACAGAGUAUGACGGAGCUGAGCUUGAAUAUGAUGAAGAGGGUGUUGAAUAUGAGACAGAGGAGCUGAUAUAUGGAGGAGAGGGUUUUGAGUAUGAGGGGGAGGAGCUAGAUUAUGAGAGGGCUCAGUGGGACUAUGAGUAUGGGGACGGGGAGCAGCUGGAGGACACGGGGAGAAACAAUGAAGAGGCAUGA